GCGACCCCAAUCCCCAAUCCCCUUUCCGCCACUGGCCUCCGCCCCGCCUUCCCAGACGCCCUCCGAGGCGGGGGCUGCUCUGCGGGAGUGCCCUCAAGCAGGAGCUCCUCUGCAGGGGCAGCCAGGGGGGGGGGGCGCCCACCGGCUGGCCUCGGCCGGGGGUCUCUGCGCGGAGCCGGGCGGCUGUGCGGGCGACGCAGCCUUCCCGCGGGAGCAGCCCUUGGCCCAGGCGCCCCCAGGAAAGGGGGGCUCGGCCCGACGCCCAGGCCACCUGAGCCUCGCCCGACGCCCUCUUGGCCGCGCCUCCGGGAGUCCGCGCGUUGCCUCGGCGUGGCGCCCCGCUUGAUUUCCCCCAUCGGGGAUGCGGAGGCGGCCCCCGCCGGAACUGAGAGGCGCAGUCAUGCCUUUGAAUGAGCCCUCAGCCUCCCAUUCCUGGCCUGCAAAGGAGGAGAGGAGCCCGUUGGCCAGGCCAGGUUCAAAGUGGGGGGGCCAUUUGGGGCAGCCUGAGAAGAUGGAAAGGGCCACCCGUAAUGACCCCCCCAAGCCCAGCUGCCCAGUGAGUGAAGGAGAAAAGGACUCCGGAUUUUCAGACGGGAGCUCGGAGUCCCUGAGCGCCAUUGAGCAGAUGGACACUGAGGACCAGGCCGCCCCUUCCUUGCCCCCAGGGCCGGCGGAGUUGCAGAAAGCGAAGGAGGGGCUCUUGGGCGGCACGUUCCCUGCUGCGCUGGCGCCUCUCUACUUCAUCAAGAACAUGAUCCCCAAACAGACCCUGGGAGUGUCCCCCACAGCCCCCUUCUUGGCCUGGAGCAACCAGCACCCCCUGGAGAGUAACUACAGCUCUGCAGCCCACCUCCUCCUCCAGGAGCCCAUGGCCUCUCUGAAGCCCAUGCUCUCCAUCCAGAAGCCCUCUGCCAAGGAGAUCCACUUCCCCACCCUCGGCGCUUAUCCCAGAAUUGCUCCUCACCCAGGCCGGCAGGCCGAGGAAGCGCCCAGCCCAGUGGGAGAGCCCAGCAGGCACAAGCGGUUCUGCGUGGCGGAGGCCCGGACACCUCCAGACCCACCUGCCACAAAGGACAGCUGCGAGAAACCUCCAGAAGAGUCGCCUGCCAGCCCACAGACUCCUGCCCUUGGGAGCCCGGAGGUGCCUGCUCGGCCCACCCUGCCUUCCUGUCCUGGAUUAGCCCCUGCUGGGGGCAGAAUGGUUACCAAGAGCGCCAGGAGGCAGGGGGGCCACAGCCUGGCGAGACAGCAUCGCCUGCACAACACGGUGGAGAUCCUGCGCAGGUCAGGGCUGCUGGCCAUCUCGCUACGGACCAAGGAGCUGCUCCGGCAGAACAGCAGCACCCAGCGGGAGCUGGCCCAGCUGCGGGAACAGGCCCAGCUGCUGUGCGAGGCCGUCCGGAGCAGUGACUCCCGGGCAUGGGCUCGCCUCCAGGAUGCCGUCGGCCGCUCAGCAGCCCCCUGGCCCAGGAAGGGGGCCAGCACUCUGACCCACUUGGGGCAGCAGCCGAAUUUAGCUGCUCAGCCCACAGGCCUUCUCCUGCCCAGCCCCAGGGAGCUCCUGUCCAGCUCUGGGCCGGCCCUUGGCCCAGACACCCCCUUGGCCCCAGCUUUGCCUUAGCUGCCCCAAGAGCUCACGUUGUGCCCUGGGCACAGGGGCAGCGUCUCUCUUGCCAAAGGAGCUACCAGCGGCCACCAGGCCCUGCCUGGCCUGGCCUUGCUGUCUUCUUUCCCCAGUGUGGGUCUCGGUCUCAGGGCGGGCUGGUUUCUCUUGAGCCCCCAGAAUGGGGUUUAGCAGGUGCAGGAUCAGCCCAGCGAGACAGGGAGGGAGGAAGGAAGGAAGGAGUGGAAGCCGUUUGGGAAGCAGCCGCCACCGAGCUGGGCGUUGUUUGUGUCUGCCAUGAGCCUUUCUCUGCAGAGUUUGGACAGUCGGAAGUGGGGGACCCACCCAGAGAAUUGGCAGUCUGGACAGUCUGUCCUGAAGGAGCUGGUUCUCUGCUGAUGAACAUUGGCUGCCCAGAAGCCUGCUCUGCUGUUGCCAGAACGGGCGUUAAUUAAAAGAAAGCAAAAAUCUG